AUGUCUUCAUCCACAGACGCCAUCUACAGCGCCUCGCCGUCGAGCAGCUCUAUCGCGUUCCACAUCGCUGGCUCGACAGGAACAGCAACACGCAACCGUCUCAACGCAAGUCUCUCCAAGCAGCACUUUCUUCUCAACCCUAGCACCGUCGCUUCAUCCAGCAAGACAUCUCUCUUUGAUGCAGUACCGCGCAACACUGAGUUUGAGUCGCUCAACCCUAUUCUUGCACGGCUUCCCCACCAAGACGACUUGACUGACGACCAUGAGAGCCUAGACUACCUUCGCAAAGACGGCGUAAUGUACACCCGUUCCCAACUCCCUUCUCUCGACUCAGCCAGCAUCUGCCUCUGGCAUUCACUUCACCACUUUCGACCGCUCCAUGCAGACUAUGCAUCAGGAUACUUAGAUCUUACUCCACCCCAUCCCCUUGCCUCCUCCUCUUCCGCCUCGUUCUCACAAUGCCCUCGGUUCAGCUCGGCGUCAGAACAAGCCCUUAUCCAACUUGGAACUUCUUUCAACUGGUCUUGUCUCCCCGCACUUCCUUUAGCCUCCUCUCGAGCAUGGUACGGCGUGUUGUUCCUGUCUGUGCGAAAAGCAGGAUCGGAAUCAGCUUCGUUCUACCAAGCAGACAGAUUAGCGCACGAAGAAGCCACUCGAUCAGGAGGACUGAUCAUGUACUGGUACGGUUCGCCCAACCCCACAACGGGCGCAAAUUUGGCGACUUGCAUCUGGACAAGCAGAAAAUCAGCCGUGGAAGCGAGCAAGUUGCCGUUGCAUAGGAAAGCUGCACAGUAUGCUGCACCGAGUUACGAGAGAUACGAUCUGGUGCGAUAUAGGCUUGUUAAACGAGCAGGCGAGACGAGGCUGCGGAUCGAGGCUUGCAUUGGCGAUGAUGAUAGACGUGAACAGGAGGAAGAAUAG